AUGUCGUCCGGUAGUCGCUACUGUUGUACGAAGUGUACAAUAAAAGUUCCAAGUAAAGAUGUGUUGUCAUGCACUUGUUGCAAGACUUUUGUUCACAAUAAAUGUGAAACUAACGAUGAUAUUCUUGAUAUUUUGAAAAGUGUUAAAAAGCAUUUGACAGGAGAUGUUUCUGAAAAAAAUGUAAUCAAAAUAAUGAGACUGGGAAGGAAAUGCGAAACUGUCGUUAGACCCAUUUUGAUAAAGUUAGAUUGCGUUUUACUCAGAGACUCAAUAAUGAGAAAUGUGUAUAAAUUCAAGUCGUUAAAAGAAUUUUCACAUGUUGGACUGAACUAUGAUUUAACAAAGGAUCAGAGGCAGGAAUUCAAAUCAUUUGUUGAUAAAGCUAAAGUUAUGGAGCGAGAAGAAAACAAUCAAAAUUUUUUGUUCAGAGUGAGAGGACAGGUAGGGAGAUGGAAGAUUGUAAAAAUACAGAAAAAACCAGUGUUAAUAUAA